CGCUGGGGCUGGCGGCGUGCUGGCUGUGCUGGUGUGGCUGGGAUCCACUGAGUGUCACUGGGAUCCACUGAGUGUGACUGGGAUCCACUGAGUGUCACUGGGAUCCACUGGUGUCACUGGGAUCCACUGAGUGUGACUGGGAUCCACUGACUGUAACUGGGAUCCACUGGUGUCACUGGGAUCCACUGAGUGUCACUGGGAUCCACUGACUGUAACUGGGAUCCACUGGUGUCACUGGGAUCCACUGAGUGUCACUGGGAUCCACGAGUGUCACUGGGAUCCACUGAGUGUGACUGGGAACUGCUGGUUGUAACUGGGAUCCACUGGUGUUACUGGGAUCCACUGGUGUCCCUGGGAUCUCUCCAUGUCACUGGGAUCCACUGAUGUCCCUGGGAUCUCUCGGUGUCCCUGGGAUCUCCCGGUGUCCCUGGGAUCUCCCGGUGUCCCUCUGUGCCUGGUCUGGUUCCGGAGCAGCCACUGAGCCUCGGGGUCCCCCCAGGACGUUCCCGUCCCUCCGAGCCUGGAGCAGCUGCUCCAUCCAAUCACUGAGCUGCUUUUGGUCAUCGAGGAUGGAUCAGGGCCGGGAUCUGCCGGGAUCUGGGAUCCACCGUGCCGCGUUAACUUAUAUCCAGAGUUUCUAAUAAAAGGGCUGGAGCCUCGUCUGCGCUGGUGCCGCCAUCCCGACGGAUCCGGGUCGGGAAGGGGCCCUGGCACUGGAAUGUGCCUGGCUCUGGGCAGCAUUCCCGGUGUUUGCCAGGCCGUGCCCCACUCCAGGUGCCAUUCCCGGUGUUUGAGGGGCCGUGCCCCAUUCCAGGUGCCAUUCCCGGUGUUUGAGGGGCCGUGCCCCAUUCCAGGUGCCAUUCCCGGUGUUUGCCAGGCCGUGCCCCACUCCAGGUGCCAUUCCCGGUGUUUGAGGGGCCGUGCCCCAUUCCAGGUGCCAUUCCCGGUGUUUGAGGGGCCGUGCCCCAUUCCAGGUGCCAUUCCCGGUGUUUGCCAGGCCGUGCCCCAUUCCAGGUGCCAAUCCUGGUGUUUGCCAGGCCGUGCCCCAUUCCAGGAACUGUUUCCGGUGUUUCCCCGGGUCCGGCUCUGGCACGGAACGAUCCGGAACCACCGGUACAAAGUUCAUCCAGAGGAGCCACACGGCCCCGGUUCCAGCCCAGGUCAGCCCCAGUUCCAGCCCAGGUCAGCCCCAGUUCCAGCCCAGAGUGCUCCCAGUACAGGCCCAGUUCAGCCUCACUUAAACCCCAGUUUGGCCCCAGUUCAACCCCAGUGCUCUGAACUUGAGAGGUUUAAGGGACAAAUUCUUGGAAUUUGGGUUUGGUUUUUUAUGCGAAUCCUCCCAGUUUUGUUUGGAGGUGCAGAACAACGCACUGGGAGCCCGAACCAUCCCAAAUUUGGGGUUUAUUCACCUCCUCCACACCUCCCCUCCCCAACCCCGACCCCUUCCCCAAAAAAACUGAAACCACCAAAGCCAGAAAAUACCGAAAAAAGCUCCUUUUUAACGCACUUCACAAAAGCAGAACAACGAGGGCCCGUCCCCCAGCCGGGGCCUGGGAAAAGGCUCCAGAAUUGGAUCGACUUCCCCCAAAAAAACCCAAAAAACAAAAACAAAAAUAAAAACCAAAAAAAACCAAAAAAUAAUAAUAAUAAUCCUAUUUAG